AAUAACCUACUCAAGUUGAUCAUCAACAUAUUAGAUAUCCGUUUCAGACUUAAUGUUAAUUUCAAGACAAAAUAAUUUACUGCUGACAAAGUUUUCCAGUGGGACAUGAAGGAGUCCAUAGUAAAUCCUAAAAAUGAGACCUGACCAACACAAACAGAAAAAGAAUACACAGUAUAAAAAGAAACAUGGGAUGACAGAGAAAAAUAAAGAUGGGAAAGAUAAAAAAGAUGGUAAACCAGAAGGCUCAAAACAGCCUUACAGGUCUGAUGCAUCUAAGGGGGAACAAACAAAGUCUACAAACAAGUUCAAUAAUAGAGGAAACUUAUCUGAUAGUAGCGAGAGUAGUGAUGACAAUGAUGGGACUGCUACCACAACAUCCAGUUUUCAGAGACGUAAAUUAGUCAGUAACUGGGACAGAUAUGAACUCCCUCCAGAUGAAGAAGCUACUAUGUUAUCAAGGGGAGAUAACUUCUCCAAACUACUACAAUCUGCUGGUAGUUCUACAUCACAGUUCAGAUUUAAAGAAGAAGAAGAAGACUGGGUUGAGUCUAACCAAUCAGAUACUCUGUCAUUAGAUUUACAAGAUCUCUCAUCAAGUUUGGGUUGUGUCCCUUUGUACAAAGUUCUCAGAUUGAACAAAGAUCUCUUUACUGCUGAACAGAUAGAAGAGUUUGACAGACGAUCAACAGAAAACCAGAGAAAAUAUACUGAAAAACUAGGAAAUAAAUUUUCAAAUUUAGUAUCAUGUUCGGCAGAUAAAAAGACUAUUGAAAACAGUAUUGUAAAAAAGACUGGAAGAAGAUCAAAUGAAUCAUUAACAUUAGAAUCUAAUGCUUUAGAUGAAUUAUUAGAUUAUGUGGUAUUGGACCCGUCAACAGAUGUAAACAAACAAUCAGUGCCAAAGAAUCCAGAAAGUGAAACAGUUUCAUCUCUAGAGAAUGAUUUAGAUGAUUUGCUUUCGUCAGGGGAGCAAGAGAAAAAUAAACCAAUAGUGAAACAAAAAACCAUAGAGUCUAACAAGAAAUCCACUGCAGAUACACAAGAAAAUGAUUUAGAAGAUUGGUUAGAUAGUGUACUAGAUAGCUAACGAAUCAGAUUUUUGGUUGAACAGUGUUGAUGAAAUGAAUCUCUUGUACUCCUAUGAUUCCUUAGUACUUCAUAAUGCUAAGAACAAAGUGUUGGACUC